CUAACAGUAGUCUAAUUAAAAUUAGAUACAAGUUUAUUAAUUCAGAACAUUAUGUUUAUUAAUUAUUAUGAUUUGUUAAAUAUAAUAAAAUAUAAAUACAAAACAAUUUAAAAUUAGAGUGGUUUUUUUUAAAUAUACCAGAAUAUUAUCUAGGCCAUACUUUAAAAUUAAACCACAAUGCGCGCUAGUAACAUUUUACUUGGUUACUUCCAGGAAAAUUAAUCCAAUUUCGUCCGUAGACUCUAGACCGUAGUAACCAAAAGAUAUAGCCGUGGUAAACACAAACCGUUUAAUUUUAAAUUUUUGAUAAGGAAUAAGGAUAAUUCUGUAUUUCUGUCCGGUCUUAGAAGAUCUUCUAAGACCGUGAUUCUGUCUGUUUGGCUAUUAUGCUAUUUAUAUAAUUAUUAUUAAUUUUAUGUAAUAUUAAUUAAUAAUUAUUAUUAUAAAAUUGAAUUGUGUUUAAAUUUUAAACUAUUAAAUAUGUUUCAUAUUUUCAUAUACUUAUUCUAGACUUCCGUGUUACUAAUUUGUAUAUUUUUUGGAUUAUUUUAAGACUUCGAGUGGCAAUUUUCGAAUUAUAUUAAUUGUUAAAGAAUAAUAAUACAUUUUAUUCAAAAUAGUAAUUCAUCAAUAAUUUAAUGCUGCUUUUAUAAAAUGGGUGUAAAAAAUCUUUGGUCACUGUUAACACCAGUGGCAGAAAAAAUGCCUCUUUGGGAAUUGCAUGGCAAGGCAAUUGGCAUUGAUUUAAGUGGAUGGGUGUGUGACAGUGAAAACUUCAAUCAAAACACGAGCCAAAAAAACAUGUACUUAAGGAACUUGUUUUUUCGUACUAGUAAUUUAUUGUUAAUUGGUGCCAUACCAAUAUUUGUUUUGGAUGGAGAAGCACCACUUCUAAAAUAUGGUGCAAUCGAAAAACGUAUUAAUGGAAAUAAAGCACCAAUAAAGACUCAUGUUGUUCGUAAACGACUAAAUUCAUUUCAAAAACAAUGUGAAUUGUUAUUAAAUAUCAUGGGAGUAACUUGUGUUUACAGUCCUGGAGAAGCUGAACAGCUAUGUGCUAUACUCAAUAAAAAUGGGAUUGUGAAUGGAAUUGUGACUCAAGAUAGUGAUUGUUUUUUGUAUGGUGCUCGAGUUGUAUACAGAAAUUUUAAUGCAUCUGGAAAUGGAUCUGUUGAUGUUUAUAGCAUGGAAUCUAUUGAAAAAAAAUUAAAAAUUGGACGUAACAAAAUGAUAGCUUUAUCAUUGCUUUGUGGUUGUGAUUAUGAUGAAAAAGGUGUUAAGGGUAUUGGAAAAGAUACCGCAAUUAAGUUUCUUCAAGCACUAGAUGAUGAUGUUGUCCUUGAUCGGUUGAGACAUUGGAGAAGUGAUACAGUUUUAAAUUCUGCUAACAUGGAUAUUAAAUCACAGACUAAUGAAAUAAAAUUAGAGUUAAAAAUAAGAAAUAAAGCUAUAGAAAAUGAGAGCUUUCCAUCUGAAGAUAUUAUUGAAGAAUUCUUAAAAGUACCAAAUUAUCCAAAGGUGUCUGCAAAAUGGAUUCUACCAGAUAUUAAUGCUUUUAUUAAUUUUGCAUCGACCAAACUUUGUUGGGAAAGAGAGUACGCAAUAGAUAAAUUUUUGCCAUUACUUACUAGGUGGCAUUUAUUGUAUGAUGAUACGUUCCAAGCCAAUAUUUUAAUGAGUGAAAUUAUUAAAAAGCGUAUUAAUAAAGGAAUAAAAUGUUAUGAAAUAAAGUGGAAUAAUUAUGAAAUAACAUCUAUUGAACCUCAAACAGCUGUUCAAAGAAGGUAUCCAAAUGAAGUUUCAAUCUAUGAAGACAUGCAUACUACGUCUUCUAAAAAAAUAAAAAAAAAAGUUACGAUCCAUGACAGUAAUCUAUUUGAUGUUACAAAUAAAUUGCAAUCAAUUAAUAUUUCUAAAAAACCGGCAAAGUCUAAAAAAAUUAAUGAAGUAAAGGAUAAUAUCAAAGGUCCUUUGGAUCGAUUUGUAAUGAAGGAAAAAAUUAAAGACGAUAGUUUAACAUUGUCUGACUUUGAGUGUGAUCCUGUUGACUUGAAUAUAUCCGAUAUUAUAAAUGGAAUUAUAAAUUAAUACCUCAAACAUUGUUCAUGUAUCAUAAAUAUUUUAUUUUAUUAUGAUUUUAUUUUUUUAUUUCUUUUAUUAAAGUUUUAGUUAUAUUUAUGUAUAUUAAAUUUUUUUCUAACCAAAAAGUUGAUUAGAAAACAUUUUUCACAAUUAAUUGUUCAUAAUUAUAAAAAUAUUAGAUCUCAAUGAUCACAUAAUAUACAAUUGUCAUACUAUGUGCCCAUUAGUAUUAUAAAAAUGGAAAAAUAAACUGUAGCUCAUAUUAAUAUUUUAGUUUGAAGUAUAUAAUUUUUUUAGAAAUUAUUGUAAUGUGCAAGUCACAAAUAUGAUUUGUCAUUACCUUAAAAAAAUGGAUCUAUUAAGUGGGUGAUUACUGAUUAGUAUCACUAAAUACAUAAUUUAUUUUUAAUUUUAAAACUGUUUUAAAAAUUUAUUUUUAUAAUUUGACUUAAUAGUUUAAUAUACAUAAUGAAUAUAGUUAUAACAAGUUUGAAAUAAAAUGUUUAUUAAUGCAUUAUAUAAAAUAUCCAGCAAUAAACCUACUUUCUAUUAUUUAAGAUGAUACUAUACCAACUAUCUUACAGACAUUUAACAUUCAAAAUUUGUUGUACUGGUAUCCUUUUAAGUGUGAUGCUUGCA